AUGGUAAGGGAUACAGUACUACCUACAUCAUCACUUGAAGAUCGAAGUGCAACGUUUUCUUUGCCAACGACGAAUACUAAUUUUACCAAAGAACAGUUAAUUUCAAUGGAUGUUACAAAUCACAGUCGAAAUAAUAAGGCAAUAUCGGUGGCUAUUCGGACGCCACAAUUUUCUUUUCUAAACCAAACAAAUGUAAAGGAAUUUUAUUCUUUAAAGUUUGGUCUAAUAGAUGUGGGUGAGGAAAAUGCAGAAAUUAGUCGCACUUCCACCGUUAAUCCUUCCACGGAGGACGAAGCUAGCAAAACUCAAGCGCAUCUCCGUACACAACAAAAACGCAGACGCCCUCGGGCUUUAUUUACUCCAUUUCAGGUCAAUAUGUUGGAAGAACGCUUCCAAAUACAACAAUAUGUAAAUGCAUUUGAAAGAGAACGACUAGCAUUGAUAUUGAAUCUUACCCCAACUCAAGUCAAGAUCUGGUUUCAGAAUCGACGUUAUAAGUAUAAACGAAUGAAACUAGAUCAAACCUUGCAAUUAUCAAGCCAAUUUAUUCUUGGUCAUACAUCGUUUAGUUAUCUAGUUACACAUAGUAAUUUUUGA